GAACAGUGUUCGAUAACUUUUUGAUUGAAUGUUCUGUUUUUUAUUUUGUCGGGAGAAAGAAAACUAGGGUUUUAAAUGAGAACUGGUACUGUUGUGUCUGGACGAGUAAGGAAAGAUCUCUCAAAAACGAAUCCAAAUGGGAAUAUUCCGUUGGUGUCGAAAUCUGUCGCUUCUGAGAAUCGUUCUAAUUCACGUAAGAAGAUCCAACGACGGAGCAAGAAAACCCUAAUCUGUCCGGUUCAGAAACUGUUUGAUACUUGUAAGAAAGUUUUCGCUAAUGGCAAAUCAGGAACCGUCCCUUCUCAAGAAAACAUUAAGAUGCUUCGUGCCGUUUUGGACGAAAUCAAGCCUGAGGAUGUUGGUGUGAGUCCUAAGAUGUCGUUUUUUCGAUCUAAAGAGACCGGACGAUCUCCGUUAGUGACGUAUCUUCACAUCUAUGCAUGUCAUAGAUUCUCGAUUUGCAUUUUCUGUUUACCACCAUCUGGUGUAAUCCCUCUUCAUAAUCACCCGGAGAUGACUGUGUUUAGUAAGCUCUUGUUUGGUACAAUGCAUAUCAAAUCCUAUGAUUGGGUUGCGGAUUCUCCCCAGCCGAGUUCAGAUACUCGUUUGGCGAAAGUGAAAGUAGAUUCGGAUUUUACGGCACCUUGUGAUACUUCUAUACUCUAUCCGGCUGAUGGAGGGAAUAUGCAUUGCUUCACCGCGAAAACAGCUUGUGCGGUUCUUGAUGUUCUUGGUCCUCCUUACUCUGAUCCCGCAGGACGUCAUUGUACUUACUACUUUGAUUAUCCGUUCUCGAGUUUCUCAGUGGAUGGAGUUGCGGUUGCGGAAGAGGAGAAGGAAGGCUAUGCAUGGUUGAAGGAGAGGGAAGAGGAGCCAGAGGAUUUGACGGUUACUGCAAUGAUGUAUAGUGGACCAACCAUCAAAGAAUGAAUGUAAAAAAAACAAAUUGAAGCAUAGCAAAAAAAAAAACCUCUAUUUUCUUUGUUUCUUGAUUUCUGUUGGUUUUUGGUUGUAUAUAAAAAGAGGUUUUUGAA